AUGAGCGGCUGGAACUCCAACGACCAGUGGCAGGACUCGAGUGACUCCCCCUCUUCCGCAUCGGACUUUGGCUUCGACUCGAGCGCCACUCACGGCCUCGAGUUUCCUAUUCUCCCCACCAUCCCCUCUGGGAGCAUUGACAUCAGUGCCAUCGCUCCGGUAUUUGGCGUGUCAUCCUACGACGACGACGCUGCCGACUACUUGGACUAUGACAAAGCCGGGCGGCCCUUUAUGGAGCAAAUGAGUGGCUCAUGUGGUACUGCCUACUUCUCUGGCAUCCUUGGUGGAGGGGCGUACGGAGCCAUGCAGGGCUUCUCGCGCUCGCCCAGUACCAAGUUUAAAAUCCGGAUGAACUCGCUCAUGAAUGGUGCUGCAACGCGCGGCUCGAAAGCUGGCAAUGCACUGGGCUGUUUGGCUAUGAUCUACAAGGCGUUUGAGUUUGUGGCGGACUCGGCUGAGAUCGAAAACAUUGUGAAGCUUGACCAGGUGACGCCUAUUCUAGCAUCGGCAGCCACUGGUGUGUUCUACAAAUCGACCGCAGGUCCUAAGGCCAUGGUGCUGGCUGGUGCGCUGGGUGCUGGGCUCAUGACAGUGGUACAGUUUGGUAUCAAGCCGUUUUACCCACGACUUUAG